AGUAUAAAUUCUGCAAGUUGCCCGCGUAGACUGUCUUUUCUCUUUGCUUCCACUGUAGAACUGCUGUAGUACACACAAGCGGCCUGUUAUAUACUAGAGUCUGUGUACGUCAUCUGUCAAUAUCCGUCCGCAUGUAAAAAUGUGACUGGUGCAGAAGAUGGACAUGUACAGACAGGACUCCCGUUGAUCUCCAUGAAACGUGCUCGUUAACAGAUGGAAACGUGCUUGGUAAACCAGGUCGGUUGUUUGGGUUGGAACGCCCAGUUCCACGUCAGCAGAUUUCACAACCAACACACAGUCACACCAGUUUCACCAGGCCCUAAAGAAAGAGCUGGAAUGGAUCUUGUAAAACAUAAAGGUGGCUGCCACUGUGAGGCUGUUAGAUUUGAAGUCUGGAGUUCCCCAGACCUCCAUGUUUUCCAUUGCAAUUGUAGCAUUUGCACAAAGAAACAAAACCAUCAUUUCAUUGUUCCAAAAAAUCACUUCACACUCUUACAGGGGUUAGAUAAUCUGACCACAUACUCAUUUAACACUCAUGUUGCUCAGCACACCUUCUGCAAAACCUGUGGAGUUCAAAGUUUCUACACUCCACGCUCCAACCCAGACGGCUACGGCAUUGCUCCACACUGUCUGGAUCCAGGUACUGUGCGCAGUGUCACAGUGGAGAAGUUUUGUGGGGAGAAGUGGGAAGAAAGCAUGCAAGCUCACAAGACAAUCAGAGACAUGUCUUGACCUUCAACAAAAACAGCUGAGAGUAACCAAAUAACACCACUGUGAUUUAAGAAUCAAGUCUUUUUUUAAUCAGUAGUACAAUGGAAAUACAGUAUUCUCAACAGUCUGAAAUUAUAAAAUGAAAGAGCCGCUCCCCAAAUGACUCAAACCCUAGUGUUCUUUUCAUACAGUGUAAAACAAUAAAGACAUUGUGAAAAAAACAAAAA